UCCAGCAGGAGAUGGUUUUGAAAAUGUCCAUGUGCCAGUUAUCUGUCCCUCUGCUGCUUCCUAAGUGUGAUACACAGCAGUGCACUUUAAUGCUCUGGUCCAUGAGUGAUAUUGUGAUAAAGUACAAGCCGCACUCUUUGACAGACCCAAGCGGGUUUGUAGAGGAGAGCAUUGUUCUCUCUAAGCUCCCCGUGGUCUCUUUUGUGAGGCUGGGAAACAGCAGCUUGUCCAAGUCUCAGAUCCUGAACCAGCUUCUCAGCAACCCUCAGCAGUACCACGACACCUUUGUUCACAAAAACAUGGAGUGCGGUAACACCCCAAGGAAGAUUUCCAAUGGGCUGGUGGAGAUCAGCUGGUAUCUGCCCAGUGGGAAGAGAAACAUUGACAUCUUCUCUGAGCCACUGGCUAUAGCUAACCUCCGUGGGAACCUCAGGGACUUUGAAACUCAGUACGCUUUCCUUUGUCACAACUCUGCUGCCGUAUUUGUGUUUUGUGAUGAUUUUGGGUCUGAAUACAAAUUUCUGGACUCCCAGCACCUGAAAGAUCAUUGGUUCUGGUUCAUCAAUUCACAGAGCAAGAGCUUCAAUAAAGAUGAUUUCAGCAGAUGUGUUUCUGAGUUAGAGCUAAAUCCCAGUAACAUCAUCAUAAAGGGUCCGCAGAUGAAUGAUACAGAAUUCAUCAAAACCCUGCGUUUGGGUAUCAGUGGAAUUUUAAAGGGAAACAUGAUCAAAAUGAGUGUUGAACGGAUGUCUGAUGUUGCCCAUGAGCUUGGAAUCCAUGUUGAUGAAGAUUGUGACUGCUGUAAGAAUGGAAAGCAGAAGGCUGAUGAAAUCACAAAAAGGAUUUCUGAUAUACCGAGCUUCAAGGAGAAAGAGCUGCCCUUGCAAGGGACUGCAUGGAAACAGCUGGCCAAACUGGAGAGGGAAGAGUGCAGGAUGAAAAAUGCUGGGGAGAAAAACAUUGAAGUUUACAGGAACGAGCUUGCAGAACAGAAACAGCAGCUCAGAGCACAGCAGAGGGCUCACAAGAUCUCAGAGUCUAUGGCCCGUUUCAUCAAAGCAAUGUCCGGUUCCACAGAGAAGCGCAAGUAUUUCCUCAAGUGGCUGAGGAUCAACCUGGACAACCUGUCACGCAAAAGCCUUCCACUCUUUUGGGCGGAGUACAAGGAACAGUGUCAGAAUUCUCUUGAAAACAAGGAGCUCAUUGCAGAGUUGGACAGGAAGAUCUGCAGUUGCUCCUUGGGGACAGAGCACUUCCUGCGGGAAAUGGGUCAGCUGUAUGAAACGGCCUGCUCACACCCCAAAGGCCACACCCCUCAGAUUCAGCGCCUGCCACGUCUGUGUGCUGAGCUGCUGCAGGAAGGCUUUCCUCUGGAGCUGGUGGAUGGAGAUGCAUCCAACAUUCCUCUGCGGUGGGUAACUCAGGUUCUGAAGGAACUCCAUCAACUAACACAGUAUAAAAGUAAGAUCCGGGUGGUCACUGUACUGGGGGUGCAGAGCACUGGGAAUUCCACCCAUGUUGGAUGGACCAUGUUCGGGGUCCAGUUUGUCGUCAGUAGUGGCAGGUGCACAAGAGGGGCCUUCAUGCUUCUCAUCAGAGUGAAAGAGGAAUUUAAAAAGCAGCUUGGUUGUGAUUAUAUCAUGGUUAUUGACACUGAAGGGUUGAAGUCACAAGAGUUGGCCCAGCUGGAUGAUAGUUAUGAGCAUGAUAAUGAACUGGCCACUCUGGUGGUAGGGCUGAGUGACAUCACAGUCAUCAACAUCGCCAUGGAGAACUGCACAGAGAUGAAGGACAUCCUGCAGAUUGUAGUGCACGCCUUCCUGUGCAUGAAAGAAGUUGGGAGAAAACCCUGCUGUCAGUUUGUGCACCAGAAUGUACCAGACAUCUCUGCCCAUGACAAGAACAUGAGAGACAGGAAGCUUCUGCUGGAGCAGCUGAAUGAGAUGACCCAAGCAGCAGCUAAGAUGGAAAAAAGGGGAAACAACAAAAAAUUUACUGAUGUCAUGGAGUAUGAUCCAGAGAGAAACAACUGGUACAUCCCAGGGCUCUGGCAUGGCAACCCUCCCAUGGCACCGGUGAAUGUUGGCUACAGUGAGGCUGUGAAUCUGUUCAAAAGGAGUGUGAUUGAGACGUUUCAGCAACACAAAUCUGGAAAGAGCUUGCCACACACAUUCACUGAGUUCCUUGAAUGGACCAAGAGUUUGUGGGAGGCAGUGAAGUAUGAGAACUUCAUCUUUAGUUUCCGCAACAGCCUUGUGGCUGAAGCUUAUACUCAGCUUUGCACUGAGUUCAACAAAUUGGAGUGGGCCUUCACGAAGAGCAUGUACUCCUGGUUAAGCCAAGCUGAGACAAAGGUGUCAAACUUUGGCACAAUAGCAGGACAGAUUCAGCCAUCCUCAAAGGUGGAUGACUUACUGCGCAGCCUGAAAUGUGAGGCCUCCCUAGAACUCACUGAAGGGGAAAAGCUCUUUUUGGACAACCUCGCUGAAUUCUACAAGAGGUCUGAAGGACACAUUCACUUAGUAGAGAAGUACAAGGAGGAAUUUAUCAACUCAGCCAAAACUAAUCGGAAGGAGACAGAGAACUCUGUACAAAACAAGCUAGAGGCAGCUGUGGAGAUCAGAAAGGGCAUGUUCAGGUUAGAGAACAUCAAGAAAAAUCAUACAGCUGUAAUGGAGCAAAAGGUUCUGGACCUGGUGGAGAAAUGCAGGAAAAGUAAAGUUCUGUCAGAUCAACAGCUGGGGGAUGAAUUUGAACAGAUGUGGAAUGACACUGUGGCAGAACUAAAGUUCUCUGGCCUGGAAAAACAAGAUAUUGUCCAAGAUAUCCAACACCAGCUACGGGUUAACUUAGAGAUGAAAGGCAGCUCAGUAAGUGAAAUGCUGUCCAAAGUGGGCAACUUGUCUGACUGUGGAAGAGAGCCAUUCAAAGUGAAGAGUAAAGAAACAUUUAAAAAGGAAUGGGACAAAUUGUUUGAAGAUGAGUGGAAGAUAAAGACACAGAAGAUGGUUGAUUACAUCAUUGAGUGCAGCAGGCAGUUUGUAGCUGAACAAGUGAGAACUAGGUCUGAUUACCAUAACACAUACAUGAUUGACUUGUUUCAUAUAAUAGAUGAAAACCUGGACAAGCACAGGGAUCUGGAAACAACUGCUGAGUUUCAGGUCAGCCUGAAGAUCAACAUCUGUGGACAUGCAGCACGAGAGUUUCUAAAAAUGCAUUUGGAUUUUAUCCAUACAAAUGAUCCCCGUCACUGUCUGGAGCAGUCCAAGCAACAGUACUGCACUGACUUUAAGGACCUGUUCAGUAAAAGAGACAAGUGUCAGAAGAAAGCAAAGGAGUUCACCUGCAACUAUCUUGCACCUGCGGUGAAGGAAUACAUCACCAAGUCUCUAGGCCCUGACCUUGUGGAUGAAGUGUUGAGAGGGAAGAAAGCCUUUGAUUUCAGCACUCGAUCCUUCUUCCAGUUCUCAGUCCUCAAACAGCUGCUUUCAGAUAAUGACAUCGAGAAAUUUGUGAAUUACAUAAGAAACUACAAGAGCUUUGUGCAGGACUGGAUAUUUGAGCAGAUGGUGAAGCAGUUCUCUGAGGCAGAUGGCCUGAGGAACAUUGAGAUUAAGCACAUGAUGGUGAUAGUUAUACGAUUAAAGGAAGCCAUUAAGAAUGCAGAGAUGAAGGCCAAUGAAAGAGUGACAGGAAGGGGUGAGGGGGACCAGAACAUUCAGCAGUUCAUUCAGGAUAUCUGUAGUGACCUACAGGAGCUUGCCAUCCCCAAAGACGCCCUCAUGGCUGUCCUGGCCUUAAACACUGCCAAGCCAGAAGACUUUUCUCGGUGUCUGAAGGUGGUUGUGGAUGAAAUGGAGCAGUCCUUUACUGCAGAGUUUCAGAUGGGUGGGGAUGUGAGGGCCAGGCUGACCUCACUGCCCUUUCAGCCACAGAAGGAGCUGUUUAACAGGGUGUUUGGCUGUGGGAGGCAGUGUCCCUUCUGCAAGACCCCAUGUGAAGCAGGCGGCAAAUACCACACAGAGCACUUUGCUUCCAUUCACCGUCCUGAGGGGAUCGGGAGAUACAGAUAUGAGGCCUCCUGUAAAUUGGUGUGUGACAUCUGCUCUACCAGUGUUGCCAGUGAGGCAAGGUUCAGGUCAAGAGAAACAGAGGGGAAAUGGCAUCCAUACAAGGACUAUCAAAGCAUUUACCCUGACUGGCGCAUCCAGCCUGACACCAGCAUCCAGGCCUCAGACUACUGGAAGUAUGUCUUCAACAGGUUUAAUGAGCAGUUUGCCAAGGAAUAUGAUGCUAAGCCAGCUGACAUUCCCCACGUUUGGAGAGAUAUAACCCAAGACAAAGCCAUGAAAAGCCUGGAGGAAUCCUUCCAGAUGCAAACAGAAGGAGAUUAAAUUAAAUGGAUUAUAUGGCCCCUGUGUCAGUCAGGUUGAAAAUGUAUUUUCUGAGUGGCAUUAAUUAAUAGCCUACUCACACAUAUCAUGGCUAAUCGCAAAAAGUGCACCAACCAAGUGGAAUCCUAUGAAAGUAAGGGCCAUAGGUUAAAAAAAAAAAAAGCACAUUUCAAAAAGGGGGCAUUAAAUUAAAUCAUCACUGAUGUUUAGAAAGAGAGAUAAUUACUGAUACAUACAUUCCUGCAUUUUUGCAGCCUUCACUGAACUGUCUCUGACACUCAAAUACAGAUAAUACCAUCAACCAGUCAUUAUACAUAUAAAACCAUAUACAUGCUAAAA